ACACACACACACACACACACACACACACACACACACACACACACACACACACACACGCACAGCAGCCUAAUACCUGGCAUCCCACAGCGAGCUCGGACUCUUCAGGUCUGCAGCUUUUAUGGUUUCAAACUUGGACCCCGUCCUCGGCCUCGACUGCGUGGCUGAAAGUCUCGACGACAUGAGCAGGUCAAGUCUCCUCAACCUCAACAGCCUGGGCAGGAUCUGUGGCUCCAGCCAAAGCAGCGACAUGAUCGUCCUGGACAGAGCGAAGAGGAAGAACUCCGUGAGGCGCAUGUCCGUCAUAGAGGACGGGCAGCUGGCAGAGGUCCUCUACCUCAUCCCGAAGAGGUACAUGAUGGAGCAGCUGCCCUUCAUCAACCCAAACGAUUACAUCCUCUGUGAGAAGUUGGCCGGCAUCCCUGCAGAGGUGUCAGUGCUACAGGCCCAGGACGGCUGCCAGCCUGGUCCAGCAGCAGGRAGGCAGAUCAUCCAGUGCAUCAGGUGUGGGGGGUCCUGCAAAGGGGAGGUGCUGCGAGUCCAGAGCAGAUACUUCCACGUUAGGUGUUUCACCUGCAAAGUGUGUGGCUGUGACUUGGCUCACAGCGGUUUCUUCAUGAGGAACGGGGACUGCCUGUGCCCCGUGGACUUCCAGCGUCUCCACGGCACGCCUUGCAACAACUGUGGCGAGUUUGUCGAGGGGGAGGUGGUGACAGUUCUGGGGAAGUCCUACCACCCAGCUUGCUUUGUGUGCACCCUUUGCAAGCGGCCUUUCCCUGCAGGGGAUUGUGUGACUUUCAGGGGUAAAGCCUGCCUCUGUCAGCGCUGCAAUGAACCCACGUCGCCUUCACAUCAAAUCACUCAUCCCAGCAAUUGUGCCGGCUGUGGCCGAGACAUAAAGAAUGGCCAGGCUCUGUUAGCUCUGGGGGGUCAGUGGCACAUCGGCUGCUUCAAAUGUAAAACCUGCGGUAGGGUCUUGAACGGAGAAUACAUUAGCAAAGAUGGCGUUCCCUACUGCGAGAGGGACUACCAGACUCAGUUUGGGGUCAAAUGUGAAGCGUGUCAAAAGUUUAUCACAGGAAAAGUCCUCGAGGCAGGGCACAGACACUACCACCCCAGUUGUGCAAGAUGCAACCGAUGUGACAAAAUGUUCACAGAGGGAGAAGAAAUGUAUCUGCAAGGAAUGACUAUUUGGCAUCCAAACUGCCGAGACAGCAGCAGAACAGAAGACAGUUACCGGCCCAACMGGUCAUCAUCUGAAAGCUCCCACUCCAGGCCAGGCUCGUGCACUCCAGGCAGUCCUGGUCGAACCAUCUGUGCAAAAGUAGAUAACGAGAUCAUUGAUUAUCGAGACUUAGCAGCAAUUCCCAGAGUCAAGGCUAUAUUUGAUAUAGAGCAUCCCGACAUGAUAUCUUACACGUGUUCGAACUUCAGCUCCUCUGCUUUGGAUGGAAAAGKCAACAGAGAGAACAGGCUGAGCCCCACAGAGUUGGCAAAAAAUGCAUCGGAACCCCCCGAGGCAAGUUUUGACAUCAGAACACAGAUUCCAAAAUCUGUGAGUCAUGGAUCUUUUGGAGGUCAAACCAUGAGUUAUCGUCACAGCUACACUCCCACUCUCUCCAGAUCACCACAACACUUCCACCGACCAGGGUUGGUUCUGUCACCCACUUUGCUUCCUGAAAACAAAAUUGAYACCCUCACCAUGCCUCCUUUUUGUCACCACUUUCUCUCUAAAACCAAAGCAGAUGAAGGCUUUGAUUUGUACAAGAGGCCUCCAAUUUAUAAAAAGCAAGAUUCAAAUUCAUCUACAUCCCAAAUUUUGCCAGAAUAUGGUCACAMCUUCUUACAUUUGCCUCAGUCAGCUGAUUUCUGCACCACCAWCAGUGAAAGAUUCAGCUUCAAGCUCACCCAYGACGAUCAGCUUCCAUUAACACGAAUGGACAGAGGAGUUUCUAUGCCUAAUUUGGUGGAGAUAAAAGUGUAUCCUUAUGAAAUGCUCCAAGUUACAAACAGAGGACGAGUGAAGCUUCCCAAAGAUGUUGACAGAGCACGACUCGAGCGUCACUUAUCCCCGGAUUCUUUCUUYGAAAUCUUUGGGAUGGAUAUCCAAGAAUUUGACAAACUUCCACUUUGGAAACGUAACGACAUGAAGAAAAAAGCAGAUCUCUUCUGAAGGCAGCCAGAUGUGUGGUUGAUUCCUUAGUAAAAAUGCAGUUCUACCCUUUCAGGCUUCAAGUUCAUUGCAUUUGUCACAAAAAAGAGACAAAUCAUUAGUCUGAGAAAAGAACAGAUGUCCUGUAGGAUAAGUAAUACAUUUUGGUGAAGCUUAAUGAAGAACUUUAUGAACAUGAGAACUCAGUGCAGUUUUUUUUUCAUAGAUUAUGUUCAUAUUGAACAAUUCUCAGCAAAAAAAAAAGACACGUCAUGCAAUUCAUUUAUUGAAGCGUUGUAUUAUGUUUCUAGCUUAUAUUUUAUUCACUAGUGUUUCUAACAUCCUAAUURUAAUUCUUUCAAAGUCAUAUUAAAACAAUAGUUCAGGUCUUUUAAACUUGCAGAAAGGCAUGAUUAAUAAACAUCUUACCUGUCAUAAAUAGCUGUUUGAAUCCCCUCAGUUUGGAGUAAAAGUUCUGACAGUAUUGACAGGAAUGAAUGGAUGGUACUUUUUGUUGUUAUUUUCUCAAGAAACUUUAACAUGAUAAAUCACAAAUGUAAGAACAUUUUCAAGACUUGUGUAUUAUUUAUGUGUUUAAUCAUAUCCCUGAAGAAAUUAUUUGUUUUGUGUUUUACACAGAGGUAUGUUACCUUUCUGCUUCACCACCACUUCCAUUGCACUAAAUAAAACUGUUUCUAAGCUGA